ACACAGGACUAUGUCCAACCUCACCCCUGCUGGAUCUCCUCCUUACUAAUGUUUAACCAUUUGGACUGGAGCACUUUAACAGCCUGACCUGGAUAAUCACAAGACUGUCUUAAACUUAUUUGGUCUUCUUCUUCUUCCCUGUUCUUCUUUGCCUUGCCUCAGGAGACUUAACAGCACUAAGCAUCCCACUCAAGAUGAAGACAUGGGUGAAGUGGCUUAUUGGUUUGCUGGUGCUUGCAAUUGUCAUUGUAGCCAUUGCUGUCCCUGUAGCUCUGUUGACAAAUAAAGACAAAGAACCAACAGAUAUACGUAAAACAUUUACGUUGGAAGAUUAUUUUGGUGAUAAAUACCGAUACAAAUCGUUUGGCUUAGAAUGGAUUUCAGAUAAUGAGUAUCUGUUUCGGACAAAAGAAAAUAACCUGCACAUAUUUAACGUUGAUACCCAAGAAACAAGCGAAAUCCUCUCAAACACUACAAUAAAUAACAAUGGAUCAUUCUACUUACUAUCUCCAGAUAGGAAAUAUGCGCUACUUCAGUAUAAUUAUGAAAAGGUAUGGAGACAUUCAUACACAGCAUCUUACCACAUAUAUAACAUUGUAGAAAGUAAGUUUGUAACAAUGCAGCUUCCUGACAAAGUUCAAUACAUAACCUGGUCUCCUGUUGGCCAUAAACUGGCAUUUGUCCAGGGAAAUAACAUUUAUGUGAAAGAAGCUCCAGAGGAGCCAGCUGUGGGCAUUACCUCGGAUGGAGCACUAAAUAAAAUUUUAAAUGGAAUACCAGAUUGGGUGUAUGAAGAGGAAAUGUUUUCAAGCAAUUAUGCUUUGUGGUGGUCACCGAAUGCUAAAUAUUUGUCAUAUGUUCAAUUUAAUGAUACCGAAGUGCCAAUAAUAGAAUACACAUUUUAUGGGGAGGAAUCAGAGCAGUAUCCACAGACCAUUCACAUUCCAUAUCCUAAGGCUGGAACUAAAAACCCUACUGUGAAAGUGUUUACUGUGAAUACCGAGCCUCUCGUAAAUAUUUCUCACACGGAAAUUGUUGCACCAGACGAAAUAAAAAAUGUGGAUCAUUACAUAAGCAGUUUGGCUUGGGUAACAGACCAAAGAAUUGUAAUUCAGUGGCUUAGAAGGAUCCAAAAUGUUUCAUUACUCAGUCUAUGUGACGUUAAUGAAGGGACACAUAGUUGGACAUGCCUACAGCCAGUCCGUGAAGAAAGUAUCACUGGAUGGAUUGGAGAUUUUCAACCAAGCAAUCCAGUCUUCACAUCAGACCACAAUGCCUAUUAUAAGAUUGUCAGCAAUGCAGAUGGCUACAAGCAUAUUCAUUUCUUUAAUGGAACUCAGAAUCCAGUUCCGAUAACCACAGGAAAUUUUGAAGUUACCACCAUCACCACAUUAACCAGCAACUAUCUGUACUAUAUUAGUAAUGAAGGAUUCCCAGGAAGAAGACAACUUUACAAGAUAAAACUGGGUUCUACUGACAAUAAACCGGAAUGCGUCACCUGCCAACUACGUCCAGAGAGGUGCCAACGAUAUUCUGCAUACUUUAGCCACAAUUCCGUGUAUUACUCAUUGACCUGCAGUGGUCCAGGAAUACCCAUUUAUACUUUGCACAACGGCAGCGAUGACAAAGCCAUACAGAUUCUAGAAGACAACCAGGUCUUACAGCUCCUGUUGGAUGAUGUUCAGAUGCCUACAAAAGAAAAUCAUACUUUUGCGCUGCAUGGUUUCGAUUUGUGGUAUCAGAUGAUCUUACCACCACAUUUUGAUAAAUCCAAGAAGUACCCAUUGCUGAUUGAUGUAUAUGCAGGACCAUGCAGUCAGAAGGUAGAUCAGUAUUUUCGACUGAACUGGGCGACAUAUCUUGCCAGCACGGAAAAAAUCAUCGUGGCCAGUUUUGAUGGCCGAGGGAGUGGAUACCAAGGGGAUAAAAUUAUGCAUCAAUUAAAUCACAGGCUGGGGACGGUAGAAGUUGAAGAUCAAAUUGCUGCAGUCAGGCACUUUAUAAGUCUUGGCUUUAUCGAUGAAAAAAGAGUUGCAAUUUGGGGAUGGUCCUAUGGGGGGUACGUAACCUCCAUGGUGCUCGGCAGCGGUAGUGGGCUGUUUAAAUGUGGAAUUGCUGUUGCUCCAGUAUCAAGCUGGGAGUAUUAUGACUCUAUUUAUACAGAGAGAUAUAUGGGUCUUCCAACACAAGAAGAUAACCUUAAAAACUACGAGAGCUCAACUGUGAUGUCCAGAGCAAAGAACUUUAAGGAUGUCGACUACAUGCUUAUACACGGCACGGCAGAUGAUAAUGUCCAUUUCCAACAAGCAGCUCAGAUCUCAAAAGCUCUAGUGGAUGCACAGGUGGACUUUGAAACAAUGUGGUACACAGAUAAAGAUCAUGGAAUUGGAGGUCUUGCAAAUCGCCAUAUAUACACCCACAUGAGCCAUUUUCUGAAGCAAUGUUUUAAUCUACAGUAGAAGGACAGUAGAAGGAUAUGGACCAUCCUCUAUGAAUUAGCAAUCCAUGUUUUAAAGAAACACAGGAAACAAUUAUCAUCACAACAAGAAGAUCCAACUAUCCAGACUGUACCCUGUGCACAUUUUUGGUAGUUAGUUGCACAAGAACACGUGAACAGACUUUCAGCUGGUAACAGUCUAGCAUGACGGGUGGAACCAAGGGGUUGGAAUAAUCCUGAAGACUUGAUCCUCUUGAUGUCAUAUUAUGCGUAAUUGCCUUAAUCAUUAAAACAAUCUUUUUAAUUUUAGUAAUUUGUUACCUCAUACCAUGGAACUGUUUGAGCUUGGCCCCAAGACUCAUCACUGAUUGCUGGGGCUUUGGGUAGCCUUCUCUAGGUGUGAUGAGUGGUGCUUGCUCUCCAUUAUGUCUACUGGGGGCUAGUUCUGCCUCCCUCUCGUACAAACCUCUACCCGAGGGGAGGGGAGGUUUAUUUUUUAUUCAAUGAAAAAUAUUUUCGGUUGUUUUACUUAGUACAAGUAAAAACUGGCACAUGAAAUAAUAACGUCUAAAUAUCCAUAAUUAUUUUUAUAAAGGAUUAUACCCUUGUAUACUACUUUCUAUUUAUCAACAAAUGUUUACAUAUUUUCUGAAGCCUGAUUUGGUUGCUAAUUUAAACGAAGCAAUUAAAAUUUAAAUUUCUUGUUUCUGA